ACGAUAUGAACAGAAAAUACUUUGGUGAUGACACCCCUAACCACUAGUCCUAUUUUUCAUAACAUGAGAGCUAUUAAUCCUAAUACUAUAACUAUUGGAGGAGGACUACACAUACAACCACCAAAACCUCUACCAAAAAAUUUAAAACAGUAUCUAGAUGAGGCAAAGGAAGGCGUGAUUUAUUUUAGUCUUGGUUCCAACGUGAAAGGCAACUUUUUAAAUGAUGAAAGCAAAAAAGCAAUUAUGAACGCAUUUUCUCAGCUUCCUAACAAGGUACUAAUAAAAAUCGACUUGGAAAAUAUUAAUGUCUCACGAAAUGUGAGGGUGGAAAAAUGGCUUCCCCAGCAAGAUAUUUUAAGACAUCCUAAUAUGAAACUGUUUGUAACACAAGGUGGAUUACAAUCCGUACAAGAAGCUGUAACUAACGGUGUACCGAUGGUUGGAAUACCAUUUUUUGGCGAUCAAUACAAUAAUAUCUUUAAAAGUGUUAAAAAAGGAUUUGCCGUCAUGGUGGACAAAGGAAACAUCACAACGGAGUCUUUCAAAGAAGCUCUUUUGGAGGUGUUGAAGAAUCCGAAGUAGAUAAUAGAUUAACAUUGUUACAAAGAAAAUU